AUGGCAUUCUUUGGAUCACUUAGAGAUAAAGCAUUAAAUACAUUUAGUCAGGUUCUUUCUGAUGGAAAUAAAGGAAAUAAUAAUAAUGAGUUAACUAAAGAUCAAUUGUUUUGUCAAACUUAUGGUAUCCCAGAUGAAGAAGUUCUAAUUUGUGAAUCAGCAGUCGAAAUCAAAAUUACUUCAGGAUAUUCUCAUGAUUCUUAUAAUAAUAUAACAAGUGAAGCAUUACCUCAAGGUAGACUAUAUUUAACUCCUCAUUUUUUAAUAUUUAGAGACGCUUAUGAUAGAAAAAAUUGUUCAUUUAUAUUACAUUUAUCAACUAUUAAGAAAGUUGAAAGGGCAAGUUCAAAUGAUUAUGGUUUUGCAUUAACAAUAAUGACUUAUAGUAAAUUGAAUAUUACUUUAUUUUUAGUGGGUAUUCGAUCAGAUAGUGAAAAAUUUGCACAGAAUUUAACCAUUAGUUUAAAGAAAAAUCUACCAAAUGUUAAUAAAUUACAACCAUUUAUUCAAACUUGUUAUUCAGAAUAUUUAUUGAGUAAAAAUAAUAUAUCCAAUGAAAAAAUUGAUCAUAUGCCUUCAGGAGGGUUGGGGUUAACAUUUAAAUUCCCUGGAAAUGCCAAAGAAUCAAAGGAUAAAACAAAAUUGAAAAUGUGGUUUGAUUUAUUUAGAGCCGAUGGGAGAAACUUAUCGAUUAUUAGAAGACCAAUUUUUUAUAAAUUGAUUAGAGUUGGAUUACCUAAUCGAUUAAGAGGAGAAAUUUGGGAAUUAACUUGUGGAUCAAUGUAUUUAAGAUAUGAGAAUCAAGGUGAAUAUUUGAAAUUAUUAGAAGAUAAUAAAGAUAAAAAAUCAUUUGCCAUUGAAGAAAUUGAAAAAGAUUUGAAUCGUUCAUUACCUGAAUAUGCUGCGUAUCAAUCAAGUGAAGGUAUUGAAAGAUUAAGAAGAGUCUUGACAGCGUACUCUUGGAAGAAUCCAGAAGUUGGUUACUGUCAAGCUAUGAACAUUGUGGUUGCCGCAUUACUUAUUUAUACAUCUGAAGAACAAGCAUUUUGGAUUUUGAAUGUUAUAUGUGAUAGAAUUGUUCCUGGGUAUUAUUCCAAAACCAUGUAUGGUACUUUAUUAGAUCAAAAAGUGUUUGAAAGUUUGGUGCAAAAUACCAUGCCAAUUUUAUGGGACCAUAUUACCAAAAAUGAUAUCCAAUUAUCCGUUGUGUCAUUACCAUGGUUUUUAUCAUUAUAUUUAUCAUCCAUGCCUUUGGUGUAUGCCUUUAGAAUUUUGGAUAUAUUUUUCAUGCAAGGUCCAAAGACACUUUUCCAAGUGGCAUUGGCAGUGCUUAAGCAAAAUGCUGAAGAAUUGUUGAAAACAGAAGAUGAUGGUACAUUUAUAAGUAUCAUUAAGGACUAUUUCCUUUCAUUAGACCAAUCGGCACAUCCAAAUUCACCAAAUCCAAAAUUUAAGAACAUCUCCAAGUUUCAAGAUUUAUUGAUAACUGCAUUUAAAGAAUUUUCUACUGUUAAUGAUGAAAUGGUAAACAAUCAUAGAAAUAAACAUAGAGAUACCAUAUACCAAAAUAUCACCACUUUUGUCAAACGUACUGAAAUUCGAAACUUACCAAAGACUAAUAACAUUACUUCAGAAACUUUAGAUGUAUUGUAUGACAGAUUUUAUUCAGAAGUGGAAAUAUCCAGUAAUAUAACCAAAGGUUCAGGAUCAAGUUUAAUGGAUUAUAAUUCGUUUUUGAAAUUCAUGUCAGAAAUUUGUGAUUGGGUCCAAUAUAUUGACUGUUCCAAUGAAAAGCAUUUCUUGCGUCGAUUAUUUAACAAUUGGGAUUCUGAAAAACAAGGAGCAUUAACAUUUUCUGAUUUAAUAACUGGAUUAAAUAAAUUGGUUGAAACGGAUUUAAUGGCUUCCAUAUCGAACUUUUUUGAAUUAUAUGAUGCUAAACAAAAUGGUAAGCUUGAUAGUGAAGCCAUUUUACAAAUUUCUGAAGAUUUAUUAUAUGUCACCAGUCCAUGGAAAGAAGGAUUAUUAUUAGAUGAGAUAACAAGGACUAAUAUUGAAAAUGAAGUAGCUGAUGAAGUAUUUAAAAAUCAAAUUGAAUCAGGAGAUGGCAUCACUAUUGAUUUACCACAACAUGUUGAUGUUAAUCGAGAAAAAAUUGAGCAACAACAAAUUGAAAGAUAUCUUCGAGCUGCAAGUACUUUUAUUCAAAGAGCUUUUGAAUAUGCACAACCUGAUGAAGAACAAUUAUUAAUUAAAGAAUUGGCAAUUGAUGAGAAAAUUUCCCAUAAUGCUGCAUUAAAUCCAAAUACUCCAGUUUAUUUAAAUUUACCAACAUUUAGAAUGGUUAUAUUAGCUGAUGAAACUUAUGAAUUAUUAUUUAGUAGUACAUUAAGAGAAUCAACUCAUUUGGAUCGUCCGUUAGAUUUGAAAUUCAAUCCAAUGAGAAACUUGCGUGAUAUGUUUGAUGGAUUAUUAGCUGAUGGUAGAAAAGUUGCCAGUAAAGUUAGAAUUAGAAUGGAUUCCAGAGCUUCAAAUAAUAUGAAUAAUACCAAUAAUAGUAGUAAUAAUUCAAUUAAAUCAGGAAAAUCUAAAAAUGAUCAUAAUGGUGAAGAUGAUGAUAGAGAUGAUGAUUUUGGAAUUAUUUCAAUUGAUGAAAAUGAUAAGAAUUUAUUAUUAGGUACUGAAGCACAAGCAUUAAUUGAUCCAAUUAAAAAUGAAUCUGCAAGUCCUAAUGAAUUGAAAAAAUUUCAUGAUGCUGAAGAAGAAUCAAGAAAACAUAUUCAUAAUAAUAAUAAACAACAAACAAAUGAUGAUUCAAUAAUGGAAAAUUUAAUUGAAUUUGAACAAUAA